UCCCUGUGUGUGUGGUAGUUGUGUGGUGAUUCGCGGGUUUUGGUUAUAGGUUGGCCCUGUUCUGUGAAUUUUGAGUGUGUGUGAUAGUGAUAUUAUUGUUCAAAAUUUAACAAAAUGCCUCCAAAGAAACGUGAUAAAGAUCAAGAUUCUUCUAAAACAAGAGUAGAUCUUGUACAAGCUGACCAUGAGUUAUUUCUUCAAGCGUUUGAAAAACCGACCCAAAUCUACAGAUUUUUACGAUCGAGGAAUAUGUUAUGUCCCAUAUUUUUGAAUCGUACAUUGACGUACAUGCGAGGACGUAUGUCCCGGUCAAACAAGUCUCGGAAGGCAUUCCGCAUAGACUCUCUACUGGAACGUGUGGAGCGAGCGCAGAGUGUUGGCCAACAUCCAAUGUCGGGCUAUAUGACUCUCACCUUUCUGGGCUUCUACGAUAAAAAGGGUGGCAGCAAUGAAGAUGCUGUAAAGGUGGAAACUCUUCUACUCAAAAUUUGCCACAAGAAGAGGAAAGAGAGUUCGUGCCCUGUUCAAACGGGUACUUCCCGUGAAUUUUCAUUUGUCACGGCUGCCAACCCGGGUGCACUGUUGUUACAGAAGUCACUGGGCACCAGCUUCGUAGCUUACAACCCACCUGAGGAUAGUCUGACGAAGGUGCCGGCCUUGUCUAUCCCCACAGAAUGCUUCAGUCUUACUGAGGGGAACCAGGUCAAGUCCUACCAUCUGCUUCUGCGAGUUGGACCCCACAACCCCAUCCCCAACGGGGACAUUGACUCCGAGCCGCCACACAAGAGAAGGAAGUCAGUGAAAGGUGAUGGGGAGGGUGAAGAAGGAGGCUGGCACCAGUACGGCACUGACCUCAUCAUCUACGACAAGCAGAACCGUUGCUUGCUGUCCGAUGGGGACUAUGAGCUGCUGCUGGAGGCUCUCACUCCGGGAGCAAAGAUCUCACAUGCCCUCUCUGCCUGGGAGUACAUCGGACCCAUCAAGGAGGACCAAGCAGACCAGUUGUCUUCAUCAUUUGAACAGUUCAGUACAGGCCCUACGCUGAAGUUUCGACUGAGAUGGUCGAGGGAACCGGUCACCAAACUUGUCGACCGACCCAAACUUGUGAAUCCUGCAGUGGAAGAUACGUUAGAUACCAACAGCAACAAGGAAAAUGAUAGGCCAGCUGAGAAAGAAGACAACAAAUGUGAGAACCGCCUUCAGAUUGUGUACCAGUUCCUGUACAACAACAACAGCCGGCAGCAGACUGAAGCGUGCGAGGAUCUUCACUGUCCGUGGUGUUCGCUGGACUGUACAACACUCUACUGUCUACUCAAACACCUCAAACUGUGUCACUCUAGGUUCACCUUCACUUAUGUCCCUAUCCCGGGAGGAGCGCGGAUCGAUGUGGCCAUCAAUGAAUACUAUGACGGUUCGUACUCUGGGAGCCCCCAGGAUCUCAUCUCACAACCACCCGGGAUGGCAUUCUCGAGAAACGGCCCGGUCCGUCGUACUAGUGUUUCCAACAUCCUCGUCUGUUAUCCCAAGCGGCCGCAACCCUCGCUGUCUGAGUUUUUGGAAUUGGAUGAGAACGAAUUUGACGGCCAAAGACCUUACAUCACUGGCCACAACAGGUUGUAUCACCACACAACCACAUGUCUGCCAAUCUACCCCAAGGAGAUGGACGUGGACAGUGAGGAUGAGAAUGACCCCAAGUGGCUCCAGGCCAAGACCAUGAUGAUGAUUGACGAUUUCACAGAUGUCAAUGAGGGCGAGAAGGAGCUCAUGAAAAUGUGGAAUCUGCAUGUGAUGCGGCACGGUUACGUAGGCGACUGCCAGAUACCGCUGGCCUGUUCCAUGUUCCUGCAGGCCAAGGGACAGGAGUUGCUCAAGAAGAACCUCUACCGCAACUACGUGUUGCACCUGUGUAACUUGUUUGACUUUGGACUGGUGGGAUCGGCUAUUGUCUACACCACCAUCAAACGGCUACAGGAUCUCGUCAAGGAGGGUGGUGACGAGAGUAAGGUGUUGCAGCAGUCGUGUCACGCUCAGAGGCAGCACUGGGUGACGGAGGGAGCAAGUCGUGCACUAGAGCCGCGCAGGCUAGCUAGUCCUGCACAGGGACCACACACUGUAAAUGGUUUGAUUCUGUUCACUAGGUGUUGCAGCAGUCGUGUCACGCUCAGAGGCAGCACUGGGUGACGGAGGGAGCAAGUC